GGACUUGAAUGUUGGCUAAUACUUUGCUGAGACUGAGGUGAAACCACGCAACACUGGACUAGGAUAUGUGAGGACUCUUGGGGGAUUCGAGAUGAUCAUCCAAAAUGGGAGGAGAUGGACCAGACUUGGAAAAACAUUCUCAACUUAGGGGUUAAAAUUAGUGUAUUAGUAUAUUUAGAACAUAAUAGAGAGUAUAGAUAAGUUCUUAUAUUUUCUUCUGUGUAGUGUAAUGAAAUGAUAUAUCUGGUGUAGUUUUCAGUCCUCAGUAUAGGCUGUUUUAUUGGAACACUGCUCACCUCAGGAUCUUGGCUCUGAUCACAGUGACUGCGCCCAGCAGGACUGAUAAGCUAAAGGACAAAAUCAAUUUGUGGAAAAUCUGAGCUCACUACUCUAACCAUGAGUGAGGAAAUAGAGAUAGCAGAGGAGAAGGACUGGCAUGAACUUGAACCCAACUACUCUGUCAAAAUCUUCCUGACUGUCCUUUACAGCUUCAUCUUGCUGACGGGUAUUGUAGGUAAUUCAGUGACUAUCAGAGUGACACAAGUGCUGAAGCGAAACGGCUACCUGCAGAAGAAUGUGACCGACCACAUGGUGAGCCUGGCAUGCUCUGACUUGUUGGUGCUUGUCAUUGGUAUGCCUGUAGAACUCUACAGUGCCAUCUGGUUCCCAUUCACGUCCGCAUCAGGCAAUGCUUCAUGUAAGAUCUACAACUUUCUGUUUGAGGCUUGCAGCUACGCUACCAUCCUCAAUAUAGCCACACUUAGCUUUGAGCGCUACGUGGCUAUCUGCCACCCGUUUCGCUUUAAAGCCUUUGGUGGGAAACGUACCUCUGCCCUCAUUACCUUUGCUUGGCUGGUGUCUGUGCUUGUGGCUCUGCCAUUGCUGGUUGCUACCGGAACGCAGGGUCAUAUCCCCUUCCUAGCAGAUACACCUGUCCAGAAUCUGACUUUCUGCACCAAUCUGAGAGAGCGCUGGGUGAUGUAUAGGGUCAGCCUCUUUGUGGCUUUUGUCGUCUACAUGAUCGUCUUAAUCUGUGUGGCCUUCAUGUGCCGAGCCAUGAUCCUGGUCUUGCAGAGGCCUUUGGGUGCCGUGGAUGGAGGAAUCAGUGGAAGUCAAAGACCACCCAAGCAUGAAAGCUCGAAGGCCAAGAUGGCCAGGAAGCAGACCAUCAUUUUUCUUGGUCUCAUUGUGGGAUCCUUGAUGGUAUGCUGGCUUCCCAACCAGAUUCGCCGCCUUAUGAUGGCCGCUGUCCCCAAGUCCCGCUGGACUACUUCUUACUUCCAGAGCUACGUCAAACUUCACCCUGUGGCUGACACCUUCUUCUACCUCAGCUCUGUCCUAAACCCUUUCCUUUAUAACCUGUCCUCCAGGCAGUUUAGGGAGGUCUUUGUCCAGGUCCUGCGGUGCCACCUCACCAUCGAGCAUGUGAACAAGCGAACCUUGCAGAGCUCCCAUGCCGCUUCGGCGCGACUCCUCCGACCCCUGCUGAUGAAGUCCUUGCGUCGAAGCAGCCCAAACAGCGGCACCGUUGCACAAGAAAAAACUCCUCCAACCCUUACAACCUUUCAAAAGCAAAGUGAUUCAGGGGUGUCUUCAAAUACUCAGUCUACAUCCCUCAGCCUGACUGAAGAGGCAGGUUCAGUUCUCAAAACAAAUACAGAUGAACCAUCAGAGACUGAAAUAUAAUAUGCUGUACAAUUUAAUGCAACACAGUAAACAGUAAAAACAAACAUGGCAGAAACUGUUUAAUUCAAGGACACUUGUACUGUGCCAUUAAAAACAAAUAGAGAGAUGUUCCUUAUAUGCAGUAAUCACAGUACAAAGUGCUAAGUCAGGAAUUUCACUGACAGAUCACGCUCAGCUGACAAUUUGGCACAAUAGAAAGCUUGAUGCAUUAGAAUGACAUGUAAAAUUAGGGAAUGUGAAAUUUUUAUCUAGUCAGAAAAUGAUUAUACAAAAGCUCAAAUAUUCAGUUCAGCAUGAAGGUCUCACAAACUGAAAUAAAAUUAAAGGUAACAUAAGGAGUUUUUGACCACUGGUGGUGCUGUGGAGCACCAACUAAAUUUGAAUUUGAAUUAAACUGAUGCAUCAUUUGGAGUUCCAAAAUUACUUGUGAAUGUAUCGCAGACAUCUCCUACUCUACAAUAAUGCAUGACGACACAUAUAUACACUCAUAAGCUUGCUGGUGACACAAGAUGCUUUCCUGUUGACUGCAGAGAGUGGAAAUGUGUGGUGCAUGCAAGACCCCAGGAAGAGCUGGCCCAAGAGAUACUUUUCCCCUUAGGCAGGAUGCCAUAUAGCAGAAAGACAUCCAAAAAGCACUGUUCUUGGGUAUGGUUUCUAUGACAACAAUAUCAUGACAACAUAUCACCACUGUCUUUGUAAUAGACUACCAUCUCCCAUUUGCUUUUUUACUUCUAUACUUCAGAGAUUUUCAAUUAGAAGUGCUUAGAGCUGCUGCACAAAAAUAGUAGAGUGGCCUGUAAAACAACUAAGACAAAUAAUGUUGCCAGUCUUCUUGGGAAGACUCUCACACAGUAAGCAUAACAUGAACUGGGGACCACCUUGAAACCAUCAAAGAAAAUGUUAUUCAAUUCCCUUAUCACUUCUGUGGCAUGCAAGCUAUGUGAUGUUCCUCAACUUCAUGCUAUUCCACUCUCUGACAGCUGAUGGCGCUAACAUCAAGAAACAUAGCAGUGCAUCAGAAAAGACGAACAGGAACACAUUCAACAUGUUUGUUAGACCUCAAGGAUACACAAAAUGCCUUUUUGUAAGAAACACUGAAUGUGAACACAGCUGUGUUUGUUUACGAGAAAACUCCACAGGUUACCUUUAAGGUUCAGGUCAAUUUCAAAUAAAACUGUGAUACAAAAUGCUAAAACCAGCAAGAAACACAUUUUUCAUAUUUCAACUUGACCACUGCAAAAGCAACAAAAUUUUACAAUUCAUCUAAUCAAUCAA